AUGUCCUCGAAGAAACGGCCCUAUAUACCCAAAACUAAAGGAUGUUACCCAUGUUCUCGGCGCCGCAUCCAUUGUGAUCGCACAGAACCUACUUGCCAGAAGUGUGCUGCCCGAGGUUUACAAUGUACUGGGCUAGGGCUCAAGCUACGCUUCCCAUACGGUGCUCCAAUUUCUGUAUCUACUGCCUCAGAAGCGCCAGGGAGAGGUCGUCAGAGGAGUUCAAAGACAUUUCGUGCACAAGAUCUCGUCUUCGCCUCGGAAGGGAAUUUUGACCAGAUAUUCCCGCCAGUAAUACUAAAUGGGUUUGGGAGUGCUGAAGACGUGCUGCCAACCCUUUCCCUAUACAACGGAGAGGUUUCUCGUCUUACAAGUAACAGCUCACCACAAGACGUCCAUGAAGGCUUAUCUACCUACAGCAUCGUUGGGACUGGGGUGGAAUUUGAGAGGUAUGAGACGGCUUUAGCCAGCUUUAAUGAGAUCGGGGGUAUCCCUCUUAUCCCCACCGAACCUACUCCAUUAUGGAAACGAAUAAUGUGCAAAUACUAUAACAUCGCUCCUGAAAUGACUGCCAUCGACGGAACUCACAAUGAAUGGCGUCAUUUGGUGCUACCACUCGCUCAAACAGACAACUUAGUUAUGGACGCGGUUAUAACGGUAGCAUUUUACCAUCUGGAAUUGAAUACAUCCACGCAUGCCCAUAGGAGAACAAAAUGCGAACUCUCAGCCACCCGGAACGACCUACGAGACCCAAACGAGAUGUACAAUCGAGUAAUCCUGGGCCUCCGCAGCCAACCAGGGUUGAACAGUGGGGAUGUAAAUAUAAAGAUUUCCGUUUCAAUAACCAUCCUCAUCCUAUUUGUUGGAGUGAUGGUCACCGGGGGCUCAGACUUUCUGUUGUUGUCUAGGAUGCUAGAAUCCGCAAUAGAGGCAAUGGGCGGUGAAGACAAGCUUCCACGAGUCUAUGCUUCAGACUUCAUCAAAAACCAAAACCACAAAAUCCGUGUUUAUGCAGCACCACUCCUCAACGAGAGUAGAGGAAUCGAGUUCAUAUCGUCACAAACCCACAAGGAGCAGCUAUUCAACUCCCUCACUCAUAGGUUACUGGAUUACCCUGAGCAUAGUCCAACAAUGAUGUUGGUGAGAGACUUGGUGCAACAAGCUCUAGAUCUAUACAUAGCACAGUUCGACUACCGUACGGAUGAUCACGCUUCUGAGGAACUUGGAAACAUGACCUCCAUUAUUCGAGUCCAACACUUCAAAGAAACGUUAGAAGCGUUUCCUCAAGGAGCGCCUGGCGAAAGGGUUCUGGUCUGGGCAUGCUUCAUCGCGGCUUCCGCCAGCAUCUUGAACGAGCACAAAGAGUUUUUUGAACAAAUACUUCUCCGGCAUCAGUCAAGGAAUGGAUUUAUUAACAUCCUCGAGGGUCUGGAAUGCCUGAGGAGGAUUUGGAGUCGAACGUCUCAAGAGAGGUGGACAUCACUUCUCGCCCAAGUCAAUGUUCUUGUCAUGUAG